UCACGUGCAUUAUCCUGCCUAAUAAUUUUUUUUUUCAAACAAAACAAGGCUAAAUAUUUGCAGCCAUUGUUGGCCUUAACAAGGUUGCCCCCAACAACGCGACAAUGUUCAGCGCGCGUCUAUCCAACGCGGCGACGCCUCCAUGCUUCAAAUAUUCUUCUGAAAUUCAAUCCUCCGUUUCACUCCCUCUCUCUCUUCACCCUCACUCGUUCAUUCUAAACUCCGCCACGCGCCACACUCUCUCACUCUCCACGCCACAAAACCACGCGCCUCCCUUGCAGCCGCCGCGUUCGGAUGACGCCCCUCCCAAUGAGACGCGUCUGAACAAUCUAUACCUUGAGCGCGGGAAAACCGAGUUCGCACGCCAAGUGUUUGAUAAUAUUCCCAAACGAGACGUCAAGGCAUGGAAGUUUAGUACUAUGAUUGCCAGGUUUGCGCGCAAUGGCAUGAUAAAAGAAGUUUUGGACUAUACUAGGUUGAUGUUGGUGGAAGGAAUAAACCCAAAUUUGGUUGUAAUGACAGUUAUUAUUGAUGGUAUAGGGAAAGUUGGUGCACGGAACUUAGGUAGAGAAGCACAUGGCUUUGUGGUGAAGAAUAUGUAUUACAAGGAAUUGUCGAUUCUAUCAGCAUUGAUCGAUAUGUAUCGCAAGUUUGGCGAUGUUGGGUCGGGGAGUCGAGUUUUGUUUAGUGUGAUGAAGAGGAAGGGAGAUUUUUGGAUCGGAUUGGUUUCGGGGAGACUUGAGAUUCAAAUGAGGUCUGUGAUUCGGUUGAAGAGGUUCCGGCCAGGUGCUGCUGCGGUUGCCUCUCUACUUCCCAUUUGUGCACAGUUGAGGGCUCUGAAGCAAGGGAAGGAGAUUCAUGCUUAUUCUUUGAGACAUUGGCUUCUGCCUAAUGUGCCGAUAAUGUCUUCUUUGAUGGUGUUGUACUCUAAGUGCCGUGUGAUUGAGUAUUCCAUCAGACUUUUUGAUGAAAUGGAGAGGAAGAAUGUGGUUUCUUGGACUGCCAUGAUUGAUUCAUACAUUGGGAAUGGGCGUGUGUGUGAAGCUCUUGGUGUGAUGAGGUCAAUGGCAUGGACGACCGAGCAUAAGCCGGAUACUGUCACCGUGGCUAGGAUGCUACAUGUGUGUGGGGAGCUGAAAGUUUUAAGGCUUGGGAAGGAAGUUCAUGGACAAGUGUUGAAAAGGGGUUUUGCAUCAGUCCAUUAUGUUGCUGCUGGAGUCAUUGAUAUGUAUGGGAUUUGUGGAGAUGUUGAUAAAGCAAAGUUGGUAUUUAGUCUGGUUCCUGAUAAAGGUUCAACGGCAUGGAGUGCUCUUAUUAGGGCCUAUGGGCAUAAGGAAUGGUAUAAGGAGGCAAUAGAUAUUUUUUAUGACAUGAUUUCAAAUGGUUGCACUCCGAAUCGCUUCACUUUUGAAGCUGUUCUAUCUAUAUGUGAUAGGGCUGGGUAUGUUGAAGAUUCUUUUAGGAUCUUUGAUUUGAUUUCGAGGUAUAAAAUUGAAGCAUCCAAAGAACACUGCACUUGCAUGAUUCGACUCCUUACCCGCUAUGGUAAACUAGAUGAGGCUCAAAGAUAUUUAGAAAUGAGUUAUUCCUUAUAGCUGAGGACAAGAGAUAAUAGGACUUUCUGUGAAUGUUUCUAUAGAUUGUUAACAUUUUUAGGCUAUGCUUAUUAUUGACUUACCUAACAGCUGUUAACUCAGCAAAACCUGUUUAAUAUAAGCAACGACCACAAAUGCGGGGAGUACUUGAAUACCUUCCAUCUGAAAGGGAGUCCUCUUUCCCGCAGCAGGCAGGUACUUGCAAAAGAGAUUUUAGUGCCUAUAUAAAUAAUGUUUCUUAUUAGAUAAAUAAAAAAUAUUGUUAAUUCUAUAUAUUACGUUACUCAAUUACAAUCAAUAAUUAAAAUUAAUUUAAUUUGUAUAGUUUUCAUCAUUCUGUUUUCUCAUCCAUCAUUUGUGAUGGUUCUAUCUGUGCAUUGGGUACAAAGGCAGUGCACUACUUCGUUAGCUCUUCCUCGUGCACUCUGAUCUCGAUGUUUUAGCUUUGUUGCAAAAAAUGUUCAGAAUUUUGGGUUCAGCUAGCAACCACCAAAAGAGGUCUUUAUAGCUUCUCUGAAAGAAAUUACCACCGGGAUGCAAGAUGCCACUGCUGACGAUUGAUUUUUUGUUCGUUGAUGGACUUCUCAAUGCUAUUACCUGUUAACUAAUUUGCUCUGGCUUUGGAAUCUGAGCAAUAUAAGUGUAGUUUUUCAAGUCACGGUGUUCGAAUUUGACGUUUAGUUCUCGCCAGCAGGAUCAUACGGCGCAAUAUAGUGUAGAUGAUCUCAUGAUCAUAUAAAGCGUCAUGUUAAUAGUGCUAUGCAUCAACAUACAGAUGGCAGAAUUGGUUAUAUUGUUAUAUUGCAAGGAUAUUUUCUGCUAUUACCUUUAAUUUUUGGAAUUUACAUGCAAAUGAGUUGCUUCAUUCAUUGUAUUGACUUAUUGUACUACUACACAAAGAGGCAAAUUUCCAAAUUCAUUCACGAUUUAGGACCAUUUGCCAUUUUAC